GACGGCCCACGUUACACCAACACCAACCGCACCUUGGUCUUCAGCGACUCCCUGUCUUCUCCACCACGGGCUCGGGCUAAGUACACUGGUACACUGACAGUGGAUAAACGUAGCCACCCCGCUCUCUCUCUCUCUCUCUCUCUCGGUCUCGAACAAUGGAGGGUUCGAAUUUCUUCUUUUCGGUUUACGUGGUCAGCUUCGCUUUAUCGAUAAUUCAGAUCACCGGCGUGGCACGUGGACAGCUGCCGGGCACGUGGGAGUUGGUGGUGGAGAACGCCGGGAUCGCCUCCAUGCACACGGCCGUGACGCGGUUCAAUACCGUCGUGCUCCUCGACCGCACCAACAUCGGCCCCUCCCGGAAGAUGCUCCCCAAGGGCCACUGCCGGAGAGACCCGACAGACAUGGUGCUUAAGCGCGAUUGCUACGCCCACUCCGUCCUUCUAGACCUGCGAACCAACCAAAUUCGCCCCCUCACCAUCCUCACCGACACCUGGUGCUCCUCCGGCCAGUUCCUCCCCGACGGCACCCUCUUGCAGACCGGCGGCGAUCGUGACGGCGUUCAGAAGUUCCGCAAAUUCACGCCCUGCGAACCCGAUUCGGUCUGCGACUGGGAAGAGCUGAAACACAUCGAAUUGUCGCAAGGCCGAUGGUAUGCGACCAAUCAAAUUCUGCCCGACGCUUCUGUGAUCAUCGUCGGCGGCAGAGCCGCCAAUAGUAUAGAGUUCUAUCCGCCGAAACCCGGUGGCGCCGUACAUUUCCCGUUUCUUGCCGAGGUGGAAGAUAAUCAAAUGGACAAUCUUUACCCGUAUGUUCAUUUGCUUCCCGACGGUAAUUUGUUCAUUUUCGCGAACAACAAAGCGGUGCUGUAUGAUUACAACAAGAACGUUGUGGUCAGAAAUUAUCCACCGUUGGAUGGGGGUCCGAGAAAUUACCCGUCCGGUGGCUCGUCGGCGAUGCUGGCCCUGGUAGGCGAUUUCGAGGAAGCGACGAUCGUGGUCUGCGGUGGCGCACAGUACGGGGCGUUCAUCGAGAGGAGCGUGGAUACCCCGGCCCACGGCAGCUGCGGUCGGAUCGUCGCGACCCGACCCGACGCUGUUUGGGAGAUGGAGGACAUGCCCUUCGGUCGGAUUAUGGGCGACAUGGUGAUGCUUCCCACCGGCGAGGUGCUGAUCAUCAACGGGGCCCAAGCCGGGACUCAAGGGUUCGAAAUGGCCUCGAACCCGUGUUUGCAUCCGGUUCUGUACCGCCCCGACCAGCCACUGGGGCUCCGCUUCAUGACGCUGAACCCGGGUACAGUACCCAGAAUGUACCACUCCACCGCUAAUCUAUUACCGGACGGGCGGGUUUUGAUGUCCGGAAGCAACCCGCAUAUCUUCUACAAGUUCGGGGUCGACUUCCCCACGGAGCUCCGAAUCGAAGCGUUCUCGCCGGAGUAUUUGGCGGCGGACAGGGCCAACCUCAGGCCAGUACUGACGGAGACGCCGGAGUUCCUACGCUACGCCACGUCUUUUGACGUGUUCGUGACGGUUCCGCUGCCGGUGGUGGGGAUAGUGGAGGUGAACCUCGCCAGCGCGCCUUUCGCCACGCACUCAUUCUCGCAGGGGCAGAGGCUGGUCAAGCUGGGCGUCACCAGCGCCUUGCCGGACAGCGCCGGAAAGUACAAGAUCGGGUGUACGGCGCCGCCGCACGCCCGGGCGGCGCCGCCUGGUUACUAUAUGUUGUUCGCGGUGAACCAGGGCGUGCCAAGCGUGGCAAAAUGGGUCCAAGUAAUCCCAUAAUUUCCUUUCCUAAUUUGACCUUUUUCUCUUUUUAUUUAUGUACUUAUUACUGUUUCCAUGCUUUCUCCUUUCUAUUUCUCUCUUUUUAUUUUGGGUAUGUUUCUGUCAUGAAUUUGUUCUUCAAGUGUUUAUAAUUAGAGGCAUUGGAAGCCUCUCCAUCUUAAUUAAUUUCUUUUAAUUUACUCAUUUCUUUGAUAUAUUGCGGAUUAAUUAAUGUUAAUUAUUACCUUAAUGACUUUGUUUUA